AUGCACUGGCUGAACUCAUCACCGCGUCGCUGGAAACCAUUUGUGGCCAACAGGGUGGCACAAAUACAGGAAGAAACGCGUAUCUCCAGCUGGCGUCAUGUUCCUGGAGUUGAUAACCCGGCGGAUGACAUCUCGCGCGGGCUGAGUCCGGAAGAAUUGCUGCAGUGUACACGUUGGUGGCAUGGACCGAGUUGGCUGUCCUACGGACAAGAGAAGUGGCCCCAUGAUCAACCGGCGAUGAAGGAAGGCGAGGCUGACAUCGAAGAGCGACUGGCAGUCUCACACAUUGUCACUACAUCUACGAUGUGUGAUUUUAGCAACAUACUGUUCGCCAAAUACUCAAGGUAUGGCAAGUUAAGGAGAGUUGUGGCUUUCUGCUUGCGGUUCAUCACAACGCUUAAGGCAACCAAGGCAUCAUCGUGCAAGCGCGUUAAGGUAAAGGCGGACAUCAAGACGUUGCUGCACUCCGUUCCACCGCUUACAGCAGAGGAGCUACAGCAAGCCGAGCUGCGUUUGUGCCAGCUAGCACAACAGGAGUCGUUCGCGGAAGAGCUGGUCGAUCUACAACGAGGGAAGCAGGUUAGUGCGAGAUCAAAGCUGAAGUGGUUGUCCCCAUACAUCGACGCACAGGGUGUGUUACGUGUCGGUGGCCGGCUAGGUAAUGCCAACAUCCCAGAGGCAACGAAGCAUCCGACAGUUCUUGCAGCAUCACAUCGUCUGUCAGUGCUAUUGGCAGAAAGGGUCCAUCAGCAGGAAAUGCACGCCGGACCACAAGCAAUGUUAACCAUACUGCGGCAGAAGUUUUGGUUAAUUGGAGGCCGAAAUAUGGUAAAGCGUGUGUAUCACCAGUGCCACACUUGCUUUAGAAACAAGCCGACGUUGGUGAAACAGGCGGUAGCGGAUUUGCCUGAGUCACGGGUAACACCAACGAGACCGUUUGCUGAAGUCCACCAUCCGCAAUCGCAGUCCCACCAAGGCGUAUAUCGCAAUAUUCGUCUGCUUCGCGACCAGGGCAGUUCAUAUCGAACUGGUGAGUGA